CCUCAGGGGAGCUUAGGGCUUCGACUAUGUUGCCCAGGUUGGGCUGUGUGCUGUUCUGCAGUCUUGUGGUACUACUGCUCAGCUGCCUGCUCCUUCUGAAGGAGCGCAUACCAGCAGGCAGCUCCAAGGCCCACCAGCAGUUCUUGGCACUGCCAAGGUCCCACCAUAGCCAGUGUUCACCCAACCUAACAGUUGUUAACACCUCCCUGUCCCUGCCCAGCCGUCAUCGCCUCUUCUUAACCUAUCGACACUGCCGAAACUUCUCCAUCUUGCUGGAGCCUUCGGAGUGUGCCAGGGACACCUUCUUGCUCCUGGUCAUCAAGUCACAGCCUGCUCAUAUUGAACAGCGUUCAGCCAUUCGAAGCACUUGGGGUCGGGCUGGGAGCUGGGCUAGGGGCCGGCAGCUGAAGCUGGUGUUUCUCCUGGGGGUAGCAGGACCUGUGCCCCCGGCCCAGCUGCUGGCCUAUGAGAGCUGGCAGUUCGAUGACAUCUUACAGUGGGACUUUGCUGAGGACUUCUUCAACCUGACUCUCAAGGAGCUGCAUGUGCAGCGCUGGAUCGCAGCCGCCUGCACACAGGCCCACUUCAUACUAAAGGGAGAUGAUGACGUCUUUAUCCAUGUUCCCAAUGUGCUCGAGUUCUUGGAGGGCUGGGAUCCGGCCCAGGACUUCCUAGUGGGGGAUGUCAUCCGCUUGGCCCGGCCCAACAGGAACACCAAAGUUAAAUAUUUCAUCCCAUUUUCCAUGUACAGGGCCCGCCACUACCCACCUUAUGCAGGAGGAGGAGGCUAUGUCAUGUCCCAGGCUACUGUGAGGCAUCUUCACACGGCCAUGGAGGAGGCAGAGCUCUUUCCCAUUGACGAUGUCUUUGUGGGGAUGUGCCUGAGGAAGCUGGGGGUGACUCCCAUACACCAUGCUGGCUUCAAGACAUUUGGAAUCCAACAGCCCCUCAAUCCCAGGGACCCUUGUCUGUACAAAGGGCUCCUGCUGGUGCACCGUCUAAGCCCCUUGGAGAUGUGGACCAUGUGGGCACUGGUGACAGAUGAGAGGCUCAAGUGUGCAGCUACCCACAAGCCCUAGCCCCGAGGGGU